GGGCGCAGCUCAAAUCUCCUCCCCGGAUGCCCCUGAAACCCUAACACACAGUCAUCGCCACACAUACAGUUUUUUGGGGGGUUGUUCAUGGUGCGGAUCUGCGAGAGGAGGAUGAAGUUUUUGGUGGCAGUCACAUUGAUCGUCGGCUCGGUGAUUUUCCUGCUUUUCCCGAGCGGGUCAGAAGCGGAUGAGAAGAAAAAAGGUCCGAAAGUCACGGCCAAGGUGUACUUUGACAUGAGGAUCGGUGAUGAGGAUGCAGGACGGAUUGUCAUUGGACUCUUUGGAAAGACCGUCCCUAAAACGACAGAAAAUUUCCUCCAGCUGGCUACUGGAGAGAAAGGAUUUGGUUACAAGGGCAGCAAGUUCCACCGAGUGAUCAAAGACUUCAUGAUCCAGGGAGGAGAUUUCACUAGCGGAGAUGGAACUGGAGGUAAGAGCAUCUAUGGAGACCGUUUCCCUGAUGAGAACUUCAAGCUGAAGCAUUAUGGUCCUGGUUGGCUCAGCAUGGCCAAUGCCGGGAAAGACACCAACGGCUCCCAGUUCUUCAUCACCACGAUCCAGACGCCAUGGCUGGAUGGCAAACAUGUUGUGUUUGGCAAAAUCUUGGAGGGCAUGGAUGUGGUGAGAAAGAUUGAGAGCACAAAGACAGAUGGGCGAGAUAAACCUCUCAAGGACGUCAUUGUCCACGACUGCGGCAAGAUCGAGGUGGAAAACCCUUUCGCAGUAGCUAAAGAGUAAUUUAAGUUUGGGGGGACAACAGGACUCUGGGUUUAAGGGGAUUGAAUUGGGUGCUAGUGGGAGCAGAGUGUGUGUGUAUGUGCUUAUUGGAGCUCCGCCCCCUCGCCGGGACGUCACACACCAGUCCUGAUCCGCAGAGCGGCAUAUCCUGGGUCCAGUUCCAACCAGCAUUCCACAGGGUCAGAUUCCUGACCCACUUCAACCUGCUUUUGUAAACAUAUCUUCAAUAAAGGACCCAGGUUUUCUUAA